AUGUUUGGGCUCAAGCGGUCAGAGAAAUGUGUUCUGAGUGACGCAAAUGAGGAGAAUCAAGACGCCGACCCAGACAAGAUCAUCAGAGGCAGCAAGAGCAACACGACGCCAGAUGCCAUGGAUGUGGAUGCUCCUGUAACGGAGUCAAAAUCAGGUGACGAACCUGGGCAGACUGCUGGAAAAGAUGAUUCAGGUGACUUGUCAAACAUCAAACAGAUAUCAAAAGCGGGCUUCAACUCGCUGGCCUCGCGCUCAAGUAUUGACGCGGCUCCCCCCUAUUCGCUCAUCGCCGUCAGCCUCACACAACAGUCUCGGGGCGUCCCCGAAACAUGUGCCCGCAUCUACCGGCUUCCUGCGCCUACAGCGAAGGCCAUUCGGCCUGCAGAGGCCGAAGUCUCCGCUACACAGCCGCCUACAACUCCCGACAUUCUCCCUAACGACCUGAGAGAGCAGUGGCUCGCCAAACUCCCCACCAAAAAAAGCAGCAGCAACAACAAUACCAAAUUUGCCGCCUCGCAACACACCGCACACCGCAUCCCCCCCGGCACAGACAUGGAGACCCGCAAGCGGCUGAUGGCGCGGUCGAUCAUCACGACGGAACUGCCGUUCCCCAGACCCCAGCCGAAUCAGGGGGACGUGGGUGGACACCCGCUAGUGCCCAAUGAGGAGGACCUCAUCGGGUUCGUGACCACCGGUUCGUUCAACCUGAAGGAAGGCAAGGGCGUGGGCAUUGGGUGCAUAUCGGCUCAGAAGGCCCUUGAGGCUCUACGGUCUGGUGGGGAGAGGGAGGGCAGGCUGUGCAUUGUCAGGAACGUCGGUGAGGGGAUUGGCUGGCUUGCAAGAUGGGAUCUUGUGUGA